GGAGAAGUGGCUGUAGUGUGGUGUCGGGUGCUGUGCUGCGCUGUCUCCGGGGUUCACGUUUAUAUCUAUCAUUAUAAAUCAUGUACGUCGCUGCUCGACUUAUGGAGGCCUUGAGGAGGAGCAAUAUAGGGGCGAGGAGGUGUGGAGCCUCCCCCUUCAUAACCUCCCCCUUCAGCCAGCGGAGGGGGGUCUUCCAGAGAGUUACAGAGGCUGAUAAUGUAAGGCCACUGGAAGGAGUGAAAAUCUUGGACUUAACAAGGGUACUUGCUGGGCCUUUUGCUACAAUGAUUCUUGGAGAUCUUGGAGCGGAAGUCAUAAAAGUCGAAAAACCAGGAUCUGGAGAUGAUACUAGGUCCUGGGGACCUCCUUUCGUAGGAACUGAAAGUACUUAUUUUCUCAGUGUGAACAGAAAUAAGAAGAGUAUAGCUGUGAAUAUGAAAGAUCCCAAGGGCACAAAAAUUAUAAAAGACAUUACACAAGCCUGUGAUGUUCUCAUUGAAAAUUACAUUCCAGGAAAACUAGCUGAAAUGGGGUUGGGUUACGAAGAUGUGAAGAAAACAGCCCCUCAUAUUAUAUACUGCUCAAUCACAGGCUAUGGACAAUCUGGCCCACUGUUUAAAAGAGCUGGGUAUGAUGCUGUAGCUUGUGCAAUGUCUGGAUUAAUGCAUAUCACAGGACCAGAGGAUGGGGACCCUGUCAGGCCAGGUGUGGCUAUGACUGACCUUGCAACAGGAUUAUAUGCACAUGGAGCCAUAUUGGCUGGAUUACUACAAAAAAGCAAAACAGGGAAAGGAAUGCACAUUGACUGCAAUCUACUUUCUUCACAGGUGGCUUGCUUGACUCAUGUAGCUGCCAACUUCCUUAAUGGUGGAGUAGAAGCAAAACGAUGGGGAACCGCUCAUGGAAGUAUUGUCCCAUACCAGUCAUUUAAAGCAAAGGAUGGUUACGUUGUAAUUGGAGCAGGCAAUGAUCAACAGUUCUCUACUGUUUGCAAGAUCUUGAAUUUACCUGAACUUAUUAGUGAUCCAAGAUUCAAGACAAACAAACUUAGAGUCCAAUACCGAAAAUAUAUCCUUGAAAUUCUAACGACAAGGUUCUCAGAAAAAACCACCUCUGAGUGGCUUCAGCUUUUUGAAGGAAGUGGCAUCCCGUAUGGUCCAAUCAACAGUAUUAAGCAAGUAUUCUCAGAACCCCAGGUUGCACAUAAUGGCCUUAUUCUUGAAAUGGAUCAUCCUACUGCAGGCAAAAUAUCAGUUCCAGGUCCUGCUGUAAGAUUCAACAGCUUUAAUUCGUCAGCCCCUGUACCACCUCCUGUUUUGGGCCAGCACACUGUUGAGGUUCUGAAAACCUUACUGGGAUAUGAAGAUGGCUACAUUGCUGAACUGAUACAAGCCAAGACAAUAUCUGAAAAUACAGGGAAUUGAUAGCAAAAGAUCUAGCAAAGUAUUAUUUAGCACCAGUUUAGUUUUGAUUUGUAAUACAUUUUGUAAAUGACAUGGUUUUCAAC